AGUCUACCUUUUGGUAUUUCAAAGAUAACCUCAUACUUGCAUGUGGUCUGCACAGCAGCCUGAUCUUGAUUUGUCAUUGCUUCUCUAAUGGUCAAAAACUUUCUAAUUCUGGUGCUGCAAAAGAUAUUGUCCUCUAUCUUAGAGGAACCAUUCCAGCUUCCCUGUGUUAGUCAUGUUGAAAACUGCUCUUCUAACUUCAAUUUCUGGUUCUGUGGGACUGAAAUGAGCCAGUGAUUGAGAACAGUCUUAGGAGUUGUUGGGGGAAAGGGGGCUGUUAUGUAAUAAAGGCACUAAAACCUGGAUAGCUGGAGCUUCUGAACAUGAAGAUCUAUAGAAGUGCUUCUUUGAAUAAACAGUCUUAAAGUGUUUGUCGCCAGAUGAAGUAAACAUUGCGUUGAUAACACCACCCCCUAAAAACUGUUGCCUGCUCUGAUAAGGGAAAGUUGGGUUUGGGGUGGAGUGGUUGAUUUAGUUUUUCCCCUCCCAGUUUCUGAUUAGAGCUGAACAUGUUCCAGAAAGUCAAUGAAUACUAAUAAGUUGUACUUCUUUCUUUUCCCCCCUCAAAUAAUCCACUAUGUAAGAACUUGUAUGGCUUGCAAAACACUUGAACCACAAAAUGUUGAAUGGAAAUCUGUGGUGGUGAACACAUGUUAGUGUCAUACAAGUGGAGAUAAACUUGAUCCUUGAACAAGGUGAAGCUGUGGGCCUGGCCCAGUACCAUUUCCUUUGAGCUAAACUGUUCCCUUGAGCCUAUUGGUGUCUCCCGUGGCUUCUGUGUAGUGACAACUUUGGUGUUCUUUGCCAGGCACUAUUGAUAGCUUCCUGCCCAGGGUUUCUGCAGCAUCUCCUGGCAGGGGACCAAGCAGAUGGUUGCCCUUUUCCUUCCUACACUGCAGCUGCCACCGACAGCAACCUGUGUGGCUUCUGGGGCUGUUGCAGAGAUGGCUGGCUCUUCUGCAGCCCUUAGACAUCCUUUGGGGUUGCAGACCUUUUCAACUGGAGAGGCCUAGGUCUUUGUCUUACAGUUUGGUUGGUGUCACUUCUUGGGAUAUGGAAAUCACUUUUUCUGUCUUGCACAGAAAAUCCUUAUUGGGAGAGACGACUUCCAGGAGAUCGCUGGGGAAAGGGAGCAUUUCUGAGUGGCAGAACAUGCCCGCUUAGGGUGGGAAAUACGAGUGAGAUGGUUUUUUCUCUGUUGUUUCCUGAGAGAGAAAUGUUUAUGGGCAGUUUAAAGGGAUUUGGAGUUUUAGAUGUGAGAUGGCUUCAGAAAUGAUUUGUUUUGAGCUGCCUCUGUCAGCUGCCUGUCAAUAGCAUGUGCUGUAACACUGCCUUCUGUGCUGUUAGCAAGGAAAAAGGCAACCAAAAGUCAGCAAAGGAGCAGUUACACAACUCACCACCAGUUCAUCAGAAUUUUAUAUUUGGACAAAUUAGUCCCCCACAGACUGCUGUCCCAUUUGAAUUUAUAAAGUAUAUGGAAGAAGAUGGAAAAGAUGCUGUUUUUCAAGUCUAUGACUUUAAAAUACUCAUGGCUGCAAUACUGUAGAUAUGACUCUUCUGCAUAGCAGACUGGUUACUCAUAGCUGCAGUGCUGUAGAUAUGACUCUUCUGCAUAGCAAAUGCAUUUUAGACGAGUGCUAAACCUAGGCAGUCUGGCAUUAACCAAAAGGUUAGUGAAAUACUGAUAAUCAGUAACAACCCUCAUUCUCCAUGAUGGGGUAUUAUGAUUCCAAUAUAAUAAAAAGAGCUGUGCAUGUGCUGAUUUCUGGUUUUAGCAGACCAGUUUUGUGAAGUGAGUGUACUUAGCCAAGUUGAACUCUAAAUAUAGACUGAAAGGGGCAGUCUGUUUCAUAGCUAUCUUUAUGGGUACUGCAGAACUUGACAGGUUCCUACAGGACUAAAAGUACAGAAAGGAACUACAGAACAAGUUUUCUUCACAUGAUUUUCAGUGGCUGAUUUUUUCCAUGCUGGCACAUUACCUGAAUGUAAUUAUGUUGUAAGUAGUAUUUCAUUCUCCUGUUUUGUAACCUUUUAGAUUUUACUUCCUUUUUUUUUUUCUGUGAAGAUUUUUUAGUGUGUUCUCAUUCUAUGAUUUUAUUUUUUUUUUUUACCACAAUGACUUAGGAAGAAAUUUAAAAGUCGCAUUGGGGAAAAAACCUUUAGGAAAUGAAAUGUUGCAAGUACAAGAUAAAGUGAAUCCAAAGGUCCCAAUAUUUAGAUUGGUUUGUUGAGAAAAUAAUCAAUACUUUAUCCAGUGACACUGAUGUUUGUAUUCUUUCUUCUUUGGUAUUUCAAUGGAAUCAAGCAAAUGUAAUACAAACUUUUUUGAAUUAAUAAUGGUAAUCUUCAUUGUGUUUACAUGUGCAAGUACUUAAAUAAUUAGUGAUGAGUGCAGAAACAUGUAAUUCUUAAUACUGAUGAAUCAAAGGUACUCACAUUUAUUACAGCUCAAGUUGUUAAGAAGAGUCUUCCCUGAAGUUGCCGGGAGGUAUUAAUCGAAAUAGAAAAACAACUGCUCUUCAAAACCUAAAAAUAACCAAAAGCCUUUGUGCAUGAAGUGAUAACUUUUAGCACACCGUUCAAACACAGGGCUUCAUAAUGAUUGCAUUGGCUGAGGAUGUGCAUGUGGGGAGACAGCAGAGCCAGCUCUGGUGGGGAUGUGGCUCACAGGCUGCUGCUUGGUGCCACGUCAUGUUCUAGAGGAAGGAUAGUGGGCACAGCCAUCUGUCCUGAAGUUACUGCUGCACACCUGAAAAUUGUGCACUAGAGACAAUGGAGAGACCUUCCUUGGAAUUUAACCUGCCUGAUAAUCAUGAAGAAGGAAAACUCUAUGUAGUUGAUUCCCUAAACAACCUAAACAAGCUAAAUGUUUGUCCAGCUGAAUCCCAACCUUCACUAGAUGAGGAAGAGAACACUGGUGGUACUGAAGAAAGUAUGGCUGGGAACAACACAAGAAACCAGUGCUUGUUCUUCAUCACCUUUAUUCUUACUCUGACCAUCAGUUUGGCACUUGUUUCAUUUGUAAUAUUCUUAAUAUUUCAAACUAGAAAUGAGGUGGACCAAAUAUCAAGAAGACUACUGUCUGAAAAGAAAAACAUAGAAGAGCUGAAGAAAUUUAACAAUAUUAUAUUAAAGCAUCUGAAUCGAUCCAGAAUUAUGGAAAAGCCUUCUGAUCUUCAUUAUUACUUCUUUACCCAUGCUGAGCUCAAAGUCCCUGGCGAAUAGAUCUUCUUCAGAAAGAAAUUCAGCAUAUUCAUAACUCAGAUAUUUUCACAUAUGGCACACAGAUUGCUGAAACAUGGUUGCUGAAACAUUGCUGGAAAAGCCAGCUGAAUGAAAAAUAUUAGCAAAUAGUAUUUUAUCCUGUUUUAUGUGGACAUAAAUUUGCAAUACUAAGCCCAUAUGAUUCAUGAUAAACAAUGGAUUGUCAGUUUGGGACAAGACUUCCAGAUUCCCUGUGCAUAGGAAAUCUCAGGGGUAAGGGCCUAGUUUUACCUUAAAUGUAAGUGAAUGAUCACAGAAAAUCACGAGUUCUAUUCACAUGAUUCCGGCAUGACCUUGUUCACAUAAUCAUUCUUCUGUUACCUUUGUACAAGCUUUCUGUUUAUUUCUAUUACUAUUUGUAUUUGAUAACUUCAAAUUUCAUAACUUAUAAAUAAGUCCAUUUCUGGUUUAAAGUUUUGUGGUUUUCUCUUCUGUGCAUCUAAACAUACGGAUAUAUUACUCUUCUCAUGAAAAGAAAAACCAACACAAAAGCAAAAGGAAACAACAAACCAACCAACCAACCAAAAAAAACCCCUCAAACUUGAAUAACAACAAACCCUUUCAUAAGAUGCCAUAAUCAGCCCAGAUUUUUAUUGACAGAGUGAGUGGCCUAUUGCCUUAUAUGGAAAAUGUGUUUAGAGGACUCAGUCUAGAAAUGUCACAGCAUCAUCUCAGCCGCUCUGUCUCAUAGCAAUGCCAAUACACUGUGCUCAC